GCCGCGGUUCAGUGUACGUGCGACCGUCCGCCCGACGCCCGCUGCGCGACGCUCCCCUCAGCUUAUUACGCAGUAGCGACGUCGACCGCGUGGACCCGCGACACCGACUCAGUGACCGUUCCCGACACACAACACCACUGUAAACUGAACGAAACACCCAAACAAGUUACCAAAAAAACUUUGUGCUAACUAUUGAAAGUGCGAAAAAGUUACGUUAAAAGUGCAGCCGAACUCGGCGGGACAUCGCGAUUUGCGCAGCGAACAAAUCUGUGAAAACAGCGGGACGAUACCAGUGCGUUGUCACCGGCCACGUUACAAGGUCACCGCGCCUCUAGUCGCGGCUCCGCUAUAGUGAUGAAUUGGAAAAUCGGCGCGUAGUCGUUCACGUGGUCGCCCCCCGCGCCCCGCGCCCCGCUCCGCCCCGCGCUUAUAUUUAGCGAUAAUCGUCUCUCGGGAGCGGCCCGAAGGACGCGCCUCCCGUCGGAUCUGUUUACGAACGCUAACUCGCCACAUGCGGCUUCAAAUGUCAGAGACGAUAACGAGAAGUCAGAUAACCUCUUAGAGCACGGUCCGGUCGACCGGCUGACCUUCUAGGAAUAGAAAAAAUACAAACUCAGUCGCGUUGUGAUGGUAACGCGUUGAUUGGUCACUUCAAAAGGCUCUCCACAGUCCACGAUGUCAAGUUACCAGAGCCCGUGGUCGUCGCAGACGGCUCUGGGGGAGCUGGACGGGGCGAUGGGCGAGCUGGAGCCGCUGGGAGAGCUGGCGGAGGCGGGCUUCGAGCCACAGACCCGCGCGCGCUCCAACACCUGGCCGCUGCCGCGCCCGGACAACUACAUCGACCCCACUGACGACGGCGGCUCCAAGAAGAACUCCAACCAGAACUUGACCGGGGCGCCCCCUCUCCCGUCAGCCGGGACCAAGAAGAGCUCAUCCCGCCGCAACGCCUGGGGGAACCUGUCGUAUGCUGACCUCAUCACGCAGGCCAUCACGUCGGCCCAGGAGAACAGACUGACUCUGUCGCAGAUCUACGAGUGGAUGGUCCAGAACGUGCCAUAUUUUAAGGAUAAGGGCGACAGCAACUCUUCGGCUGGGUGGAAGAACUCGAUCAGACACAACCUGUCGCUUCACAACCGGUUCAUGCGGGUGCAGAAUGAAGGUACCGGCAAGUCCUCCUGGUGGAUGAUCAACCCUGACGCCAAGCCCGGCAAGUCGGUGCGGAGACGAGCGGCUUCGAUGGAGACGUCCAAGUUUGAAAAGAGAAGAGGGAGGGUUAAGAAGAAGGCUGAAGCUUUAAGAAACGGGAUCACCGCAGACGCCACUCCUAGUCCUAGCAGCUCAGUGUCGGAAGGUCUGGACAUGUUCCCGGAUUCACCUUUACAUAGCAGUUUCCAGUUGUCUCCGGACUUCAGACAGAGGGCGUCGUCGAACGCGUCGUCGUGUGGGCGGCUGUCGCCCAUCCCGUCCAUGAUCCCCUCGGAGCCGGACUGGGCCACCGACUACCCGGCGGACUUCGUCACGGCCAGCGAUUUCUCCCAGUCGGACUACGUGCAAGCGGAGCAGCUGGCGGGCAACCUGGCCGACUCCAUGAAGCUGCACGGAGAUCCAUUCCUAAGCACGUACGUGCCAACGACCUCCUCCUCCGGCGGCGGCUACCGCUACGGCUACGGCUCGUGCCCGCGCCACCCGCCCGGCGGCUGCGCCUGCGCACUGUACCCGCACCCCGCGCACCCCGCGCACCCCGCGCACGCGCACCACGCGCUCGACCACUUCGUGCGCCCCCCGCCCCCGGCUGACCCCGCUGAUAUUAUGCAGACAGAGAACUCCCAAACCCAAAUGCUGGCGACCUCAGACUCGGCACUCAUGAACGGAGGCAUGAUGGUGGAGACGGGAGCUCUGGGGCCCACUACGGUGAUGGGGCAGAUCAUGGGCGCGCUCAACACAGGGCUCUCGGAGGACCUCAACAUCGAGACCUUGGAACACAGCUUUGACUGCAAUGUUGAUGAGGUGAUAAAACACGAGCUCAGCAUGGACGGAACCCUGGACUUCAACUUCCCUCAGCAGCAGAGCGCGAUGGCGGCGGAAGCGGAGAGCCAGUUUGCCGCCCCCGCGCCCCCCGUGCCCACCACGCUGUCAGGCGGGGGCGCGCCCCGGACGCCAUACUCCGUCACCCCCUCCUGGGUCCAUUAGAAUAGCUUGGUGACUCUACGCGUGGCCUCAUCCUACAACCAGUCUAGGGAGUGAGAACUAUUAGAGGUACAGACUAGUGUUAAUGUGACUGACUGUACCCAGGAAGUCAAGAUUCAGAACUGGUCAUAAAUAUGGUCAUUUGAGCCAAUGUGUGACGCCAGCGAUUAGUUACCAAGGUCUUUACCUAAGUCGUUGCCAUCGCCAGAAAAUAGAACAAUCUAGGUUAGGUUCUCCAUUUGUUUUGUUGAUUGGUCUCGGUCAAUGUUAUAUUAUUGUUCUUUUAUCAUGUUAACUAAUGUAAGAAGUUUAUUUUUAGCGUAUGGCCGUUAUGAUUGUUGAAGUGUCAAUUCGUGUUAGAUGUAGGUAAUGUUAGCGGAUGCUAGGUGACGCUUGUGAUAUAGUCUUGGUCCCGAGCGCUUAGGUGGACCAGGAGGGGGUAUGGCUGAUGGAUGGAAAAGUGUACGUGUUGGUUGGACAAGGACUUUGUAUCUAGAGCUUCGCAGCGACUUCCAGACAACUUAAGAACAUCACAAAGACUAUUGACGGGGAGAAAAAACUGUGCGAGUUCGAGUGAGAAUGAAAGUAAAAUAUAAACUAGUGACUUCUGUAAUACGUAAUUCCGUAUAGCAAUGAAAUAUUUGUAUGUUAAAAGUAAGCGUCCACCUAUAGGUUUUGCCGUGAUUUUUUUUUCACCGUGAUUUUCAUAAAUGUAAGGAGAAACGGCGUCGGCAAUGCUGAUGAAUUGAACGCACUUGUGUGAUUUUUUAUACAAAGAAUACUAAAUGCAAUGCGUCCGACGUCCGUAUAUAGCGUACCUACGAUGUCGAAAGGUGGACUUUGCUUUAAGCUAGCUAGACAUUGAAGAGCGAUUUGAAUCAUUUGCACUGUUUACUUAAAGUAUUCUUGUGGUCCAAUGCGGCUCUAAAAUCUAAAAACUGAAAAAAAAAUCGUGAAACUGUAAAGUCGAUGUAUUGAAUCCAUAUUUGAUUCAUGAUUUUAUAUUGAAUAUUUUUUCUGUGCUACAGAUCUUAGGUUGUAAGUUAAAGGUAGAGUUAUCUAUCUAAAAACUCAUGAUUUUUUUAAAUAUACUAUUGUAACGUUGUUAACGACGUUUUUCAGUACAAGAGUACCAACUGAAAUAAAAAAUACAUGUAGGGCGAUGAUGUUUUUAGAGUGUAGCGUAGGUAAUUACAUGGUUCGUAAAUAAGCUGAAAUUCCAAAAUUAGCAUUUUAGUCAAGUGUUACCUAGUUAACGGAUGCAGUAGGUAGAUACUUAGGAGAAAACCGUUUUAAAUAUUUUUUCGCGUUUGCAACGAUAUAGCCUGAAACAUUAUAGGGUGCUACUAAAUUUAUAUUAAAUAAAAUGUAUUUAGACUACUAAAUUUGAAAGACUUCCUACGCCCCAAUCUUAUCUUCAACGAUAAUUUCACAAAAAAAGUUUUACCUACCCUAAAUUGUUUGUUUGUUCUUAGUUGAAUAUUUGUAACAUACCUACUUAGUCUCAAAAAGCUACCGCUAUCUCCUCAGUUAACCACUCACACAAACUUUUGAUAAAUUUAUGGAGAUGGUGCUACAUCGUACUACAAAAAAUAGCCAAUUAUAAAAAAAAAACUUUUAACAUUUGUAAAAAAUUACGAUUUACAAGAAAAUGUUGUUGUACCUAUUGUAAGUAGAAUAUUUUGGUAAAUGUUUUUAUUAAUCCGUAAUGUAUAAACGACAGAAUUAUAAGCACUUGGUUUAAGCUACCGCACAAAGUAACAUAAAUAUUAUAGUUCAAGAUCCGUUUUAGUCAGUUCUCUAGUCCAAGUGGCCCCCCACUUCCUCUCAAAUUGUACAGAAGUUUACUCAUAGAUAGGUACAAUAGAGUUUUGAUGUUUUAGAAGCGGCUGACUGACUGUUUCAACUCUGUGCAAGAAUAUAACCUAACUGGGAUAUUAGUUGGUAUG